GGCAGCGACCGGAAGUUCUGUGUGAAGACAGGAACAACAAAGACAGAGAACGCGCCCGGGUUUUAAAAGCAUCUUGAGAACCCACCAGAACUCCAAAUCAAAGAACCCAUCCGUCGGUACCAGUAGGACAAAAGAAGUUGGUUUGCAUGUGAGGACAAGUGUCUGCCGAGCCAACCAUGGCGAACAAUACAGAAGAUAUUGAAAACAAUAUGGACGAGCAGGAGACCAACGUGGCCUCUGAGCUGACCCAGCAGCCACAGGAGGCUGCAGUGACCAGAGCUCGGUCCAGAGGAGGCUCAGGAGGUGGAGGAGGAGGUGAUGGUGGAGGUGGAGGUGGCAAUGGUACCGGCCCGGAGCAGAACGGACAGCCGCCCGCUGCCCGGCCUCCCCCCCGCGUGGAGGAGAACGAGGAGGACGAGGACGAAGAGCUGACCUUGAAAUACGGGGCCAAGCACGUCAUCAUGCUGUUCGUUCCCGUGACCCUCUGCAUGGUGGUUGUCGUGGCAACCAUAAAGUCCGUCAGCUUCUACACGCAGAAUGACGGGCAGAGAUUGAUCUACACCCCGUUCCCAGAGGACACGGACACAGUGGGACAGAGAGCCCUCAACUCCAUCCUGAACGCCACCAUCAUGAUCACCGUGAUCAUCGUCAUGACUCUGGUGCUGGUGCUCUUAUACAAGUACCGCUGCUACAAGGUUAUCCAAGGAUGGCUCUUCCUCUCCUCCCUCCUCCUGCUGUUCUUCUUCUCCUUCAUCUACCUCAAAGAGGUUUUCAAGACCUACAAUCUGGCCAUGGACUACUUCACCCUGGCGAUAAUAAUCUGGAACUUCGGCGUGGUGGGCAUGAUGUGUAUUCACUGGAAGGGGCCCCUGCGGCUCCAGCAGGCCUACCUCAUCAUGAUCAGCGCCCUCAUGGCCCUGGUUUUCAUCAAGUACCUGCCAGAGUGGACCGCCUGGCUCAUAUUAGCCGUCAUAUCCGUCUACGAUCUGUUAGCGGUGCUCUGUCCCAAAGGGCCUCUGAGGAUCCUGGUGGAGACGGCUCAGGAGAGGAACGAGCCCAUCUUUCCAGCUCUCAUCUACUCCUCUACAAUGGUGUGGCUCGUCAACAUGGCCGACACCGAGUGGCCGCCAAAAAGGAACUCGACAGAAGCUGCGCCGCCUCAACCAGAAGCUCCAGAAGCCGUGGGGUCUCCGGGUCCCACCACUCUGUCACAGGACGACGGAGGCUUCAACUCCUCGUGGGUCAACCAGCAGCAGCACCAGCUGGGGCCGCUCCAGUCCACCGACCAGACCAGACGGGAGAUCCAGGAGCUGCCCGACGCUCGCCCGCCUGUGGAAGAGGACGAUGAGGAGAGGGGCGUCAAGCUGGGCCUCGGAGACUUCAUCUUCUACAGCAUGCUGGUGGGGAAGGCCUCGGCCACAGCCAGCGGCGACUGGAACACCACGCUCGCCUGCUUCGUGGCCAUCCUCAUUGGUUUGUGUCUGACCCUGCUCCUCCUCGCCAUCUUCAAGAAGGCGCUCCCCGCUCUGCCCAUCUCCAUCUUUUUCGGCCUGGUCUUCUACUUCGCCACGGACAACUUGGUGCAGCCCUUCAUGGACAGGCUGGCGCUACACCAGUUCUACAUUUAGCAGGACGCUGCCCUGAUAACCCCUAAUCCCACAUAACCCUCCGGCCAACAACACGACAGCGGGCCCUUCACAGCUUUUGGGGGGAAACAAAAGGGCGAUGCAGGGGCCCCUCCUAAGAGCUCACGUUGACGGGGGACACACGUUGUUUUUGUUCUGCCUUUUUUCUUUUCCCGGCGACAGGGGAGGGUCUUCCCCACCAAAACUGUUCUUAGAUAUUUUAUUUCAGUUUUAAAACAAAGUAGUGACAUUUCUCGCUCGGCCUGGGAAGUCAUCUUCAAACCGUCAACCACCGAACUCGGGCUCGAGUAUUUGACCUUUUUUUUUUUAUUUAUCCACGGAGGCUUUACAAGAGCUCGUCUGCUUCUUCUCAGCAGCACCCUGCUUCACAUUCACACAGCAUCACAUCUGGGAGCUGCCCAAUACAGUCCUCGACAACUGGGGGCUUUUACAGUAGGUGCCUUGCUCAGGGACACCUCGGUGGUAGCUGUUGAGCGAAGAAGGGAGACGAUUUCAUUAAAUCUCCCUUCAAAGACUUUGUUUAAACAUCUUUCAUUUUUUUUUUUUUUUUUUCGACUUCUGAGCUGCCACCGCCUCCGCCCCCCCCACCCUCCCACCACAAAACUAAACCCAAGAUUAAAAAGCCUUCAUCAAACUAACGGACGCUGUGCGAUGAUAUUGAUUCUAGAUUGGUUGUUGUGUAGUUUGAUUGUGUAUGAGCUGUCGGUCACCAGACGUGCUUUCCUCACCGCUGUUAAGAAUGGUCACGACGUGUUUUGUUUUUCCCACUUCGGCCACAUGAGAACCAAAACCCCGAAACCAGAGGGCGACUCACACCCUGAAAGAUUUACACCGGGCGGGACGUUUAGAAGCUUGUGAAUCUUUCUCACGGGAAAAAAAAAAACCGGGACAAAUACAUUGUCUGUAGAUUUAAGAGUCACCACGUUUCCCCGUCUUUAAUUUUACACAUAACGUUUGAAGUGAAAGCCCGCAGAGGGAGGGACGUUCACACAAACACUCACACCUGAGACCUGCCUGCCACGUCAGUCACGUAUACUGUCAGCCACUGAGCAGCUCUGCUGGAGCAGUCGGAGGUUCAGUGCCUUGCUCAAGGGCAUUUCAGUAGUAGUUGUUGUUGUUAUUGUUAUUGUGGGACAGAAAUGUGCUUUUCAUUCUCUUCCCUGACUGACAUUUAAUUUGUUUUGUUUUUGUUUUUCAAUCUGUCCAGGGAUUGUAACCUGUGAUCAUCUGGUCACAAACUCUGAACCUUUAGGCUAUAGCUGCCCUCAUGACGCUCGCCUGGUGCUGUCUGGAACUAUGCUACAUCAAAACACGUUGAUUAUUUCCACUAUACACAGAAUCCCGUUGUGAUUUUUCAAGAAAUGCAGAAGAGGGACUUUGUACUUUUUGAAACACGAGGGUGAAUGUCAACGGCGUUCCUACAGAGAUCAGGAAAAUCUUGGAAAGAGUGAAAACAAACAUAACUUUUGACAUAAAUUCUGUUCAUGUUUUGAGAUGAAAUCACUCAGUUUUGAUGAAUGAGGGAGUUAUAGAUCUAGUUUGAUUUGAUGCCUGAUAUUUUUGGAAUUAUUUGCUUAAUUGUUACAUUUCAAUUAAGUUUAAAGCAAAGCAAAACGUUUUAAAUCAAUGUUAAAAAAAAACAGUUUUGUGAAAUAAUGAUGUGUAUGAACCCAAAAUUUUGUAGCUUCUCAUAUGUGAGGUAAUGCAGAUAGAUUGAUGGAGGACGAGCUGCGCUGGUUGCUCUUUUGUUGUUGCACUCGAGUUUUAUGCUUUCAGAGAAGAAACCAAGAGGGAACAAUUAAGUGAUUAUUAUCCUUUUUUUGUUUGUUUUUUUAGGGAAUAUGUUGGGGGACUGGCUUUUUUCUGUCCUUCACAUGCAUAUGUGUGUUAUGCAAGGUUAUUCAAUUCACAUUUUGUUUUUUAAUAAAUAAUGAAAGUAAAAGUGCUCUUUUUUUUUUGG